AUGUUCGACAGAAACAGUGCUGAUGAAAAUGUAGCAUUGGUACCAGAAAGACCAGCAAAUCCUCAGGAUAUAAUUCGUGCGCUAGAAAUUGUUCCUAACUGUCACUACUUUGACCCUGUCCCACCGCUAUACGAUGAAUAUAUCAAGUCAACAGAUGUAGUUCCUCAAAACCAACGAAUUCAAUUAUCCGCUACUGCAUCAGCAACAAUAAGUGGUUCUGGAUCAUGGUCGCCUUGGACAAUUUGUUCGCCUAGGACUGUUCAUCAAAUACGUUCUCAACCCUGCGAUUAUGGUCGUUUGAUUAAUAGACGAAAAUGUUAUUAUGGUUCCUCGUAUCCCGCAUAUCGUCCAGCAGUUAUAAUUCAGUACAAUGUUCCUUAUCCACCUAUGCCUUACAUCCAUCCUGAGUGUCAUACUGAAGAAUAUGAUCAAAUUUUGACAAGGCAUGUCGACCAAAUGAGAAGAAUUUGCUGUGUACGCUCUGACACCAAAAUGCGAGAAAUCGUAAAAAAACCAACUACAACUUACGUGCCCACAUGUCGUCAGGUAUGUAAAUGGCCUGAUGAGGAAAUUGUUACAAUUAAACAUGGUACAAGUGCUGGUCAUAGCUCAGUAUCUGAUGUUGUUGGAGUACCAAAAUCAGAGUGGGAACAGUGGAGUGAAUGGUCAGUAUGCUCAGCUACGUGUGAUCAUGGCACAGAGAUGAGGCAUCGUAAAUGCUCUGCUGAUCAGUGUCCCGGAGAUUCUUAUCAAGUCAGACCAUGUGAUAGUCUACUACCUUGCAAAACUUGGGCUGACUGGUCUCAGUGGAGCGAAUGUCGAGAUUUAGAUGGGUUAUUCAAUGGCAUGUUUUUUAAGCAUCUUGCGGAACAGGCGAAAGAGUUCGCUCACGUUACUGCUUCUUGGGUAAAAAUCGUUGUGUUGGCAGCGAUUUCGAGAGUUCAGGUGGAACAUUGCGAAACACAUCCAUGUGGUGGCUGGGGACCAUGGGGUGACUGGUCGAUGUGUAGCGCAACUUGUGGUAGAGCAGAAAAGACCCGUCGACGUUACUGUACGGGCAUAGCCGGUUGCUCAGGACCUGAUCAAGAGACAAGGGAUUGUGAAUUGAAACCGUGCUCUGAAUGGGGUCAGUGGCAACCAUGGUCGUCAUGCUCAGUGUCUUGCGGCAUGGGUGUUAAAGAACGUAGAAGAAUGUGCAUAGGCGGUCUAGAUUGCGAAGGUCCUGAAAUUGAUGAGGCAAAGUGUGACGGACCAGCUUGUCCAGAAUGGAUGCCUUGGAGUCCAUGGUCUCCUUGCUCAGCAACCUGUGGAUACGGUUACUCAACCAGAAAGCGUGAUUGCAUGGCAGAUAGCAUUGGUUGUGAAGGUGAGAGUGUCGAAAUUCAAGUUUGUAACGUAGAAGAGUGUGCAACAUGGAGUCCUUGGCAAGAGUGGGGUUACUGCGUCAAGAGUAGCAGAGAAGAAAUAAGAAGAAGAGUGUGCAUGGGACCAACAACGGGCGGUUGUGGACCUGAAGACUCCUACGAUGUACGGUCCUGCCAGGUACCUACAGAAGAUAUGUGGGAGGCGUGGGGAUACUGGAGUGUCUGCCCGCCAUGCGGAUAUGGUACUCAGCGACGUACAAGAAAAUGUUUGUCAUCAUGGUGCAGAGGCUCGUCUGUUGAAGAACAAGUUUGCGAUAUUCCACCAUGUUCAACGUGGGGUGAUUGGUCUCCAUGGGGAGUUUGUUCUGCAACCUGUGGAAACGGCAAAAAAGUUAGGACGAGAAAUUGCAUUAAUGGAUACGAGUGCGUGGGCGAUGCUGAAGAGUACCAACACUGCACUGGGUCUUAUCCAUGUGCUGAGUGGAAUUCAUGGGAAGAAUGGAGCAGUUGUGAUAGUAAAUGCGGCGUUGGACAACGAACAAGAACGCGUCAAUGCAUUGGCAGCGGAUAUCCAACUGAUCAGUGUCAGGGACCAUCACAUGAAACUUCUGAGUGUCUGGACCGCCCUUGUUGCGAGUGGACAAGAUGGGCUGAAUGGACCGGCUGUGAUCGCGCCUGUGGAGGCGGCAAAACAACCCGAUUGCGCCAGUGCCAGCGGCCAGGAGACUGUAAGUGCUUUCAAUACGUUUUCUAA